GCGUCCGCGGGGCUGUCGUACGUCUUCCCCGUAUAUGCCCCCGCUCUCAAGGAGCUGUGGGGCUACCACGAAACCCAGAUCGCGACGAUUGGCUCCUGCUUCAACAUUGGCGGUUAUCUGGCCAUUCCGUCGGGCGCCCUAUUCGUGGCCCUGAUUGGGUCGCUGCUGCUGGCCAUCGGCUACCUAGGCCUAUUCGCCGCCGCGAGUGGACACGUCGCCCCGAGCUUCGCCUUCAUUUGCGUGUGUGCGGUCCUGGGCGGCAACUCCAGCACCUGGUUCGAUACCACCGCCAUCGUUACCAACGUCCGCAACUUUCCCCGUGAUCGAGGAACCGUCGUGGGCAUCCUGAAGGCCUUCGUGGGUCUCUCCGCAUCCAUAUACUCGUCCAUCUACGCAGCCACAUUUGCCUCUGGCGGUGCCAGCGCUGUCGGCGCCGCCAUCGGCUUCCUCUUCUUCGUCGGCGCCGUAUCGCCCGUGAUCGCGCUGGCGCUUACCACAGCCAUAAAUUUGGUGCCGGAGGCGUAUCACGAACCGGAUCCAUCUUCUCGCGCGGGGGUAGCGGCGGCGGCGGAGCCGCUGCCGCCGGAGACGCCGCUCCUGGCCCCCAGCCGCCGCCAACCUGGCCCCUCCACACCCCGUUUCUCCGCCCAAGCCCGGUUCUCAUUUGCAUAUUGGCUGGUGGCGUUAGUGGCGGUCUAUCAGGCUGGGGCGGCGUUGUGGGCGGGCGCGGUCCACCCGACCCCGUACGCGCGGCGUGCCUUGCUAGGCGGGCUGCUAAGUCUGCUAGCGCUGCUGCUGGUGGUGCCGCUCAGCAGCGGUGACUGGGUGCAUCGGAAGCCGCGGCCCGAGGCGGUUGAGCGACUGAAGCGCAGCCUGCUCAGUCGCCUGGCGGCACGGGGCGCCAAGGCGGCGGCUGAGAUCCGGAGGAGCCUGACGGGAUACGGCAACAAUGUCGCUGCAGCGGCUGACGCCAACAAUGGCCGCGGCAACGGCGACGCGGAUCUAACGGAGCCCCUACUGUCCGAUGUUCUUGGAGCAGGCGGCAACGCUGACGGCGCGGCGGUUACCGUACUCGAUCGGCCGAUUGGCGCAGCCAGUAGCGACGGAGGCAAGUCUAGCGAUGCGACGAAGGACGUGCUGGUAGCGCUGGCGGAUCCGGAAGCUCCUCCCUCACCGUCACAGGAAGCCUUGGCGGCGGCGGCGGCGGCGGCGGCAGCGCAAGACGAAGCUGGGGCCUUGGCGGGGCCUGUGGUACGGGAGGGAGACCUGGAGGCUCAGAUUGAAGCUCUGGAGAAGGUGCCUGCGCUGCCGGACCUGCCCCUUAGCGCCGCAGUGCGGUCGCCGCUGUUCUGGCUGCUGCUGUUUCAGUUCGGCGUGGGUCUAGGUACGGGUCUGUCGUACUUGAACAACCUGGGCUCCAUCGUGGUGGCUCUGGGGGGCCAGCGGGGUGGCCAGGUGGUGUUCGUGUCGCUGUUCAGUGUGGCCAAUGCAACAGGCCGCCUCGCGGGCGGUGUGCUCUCUGAGCUCAUCCUCAGGAGGUACGGCAUUCCGCGGACGUUGCCGCUGCUGGCCUCCAGCUGCCUGACGCUUAUUGGUGUCGGCGGGGCGGCGGUUUCGGAGCUGUACAACCUGUACCUGGUCAGCAUUAUCGCGGGGCUGGCGUUUGGAGCGCACUGGGGCCUGAUUCCCGCGAUCACCUCGGACUUGUUUGGUCUCUCGCAUUUUGGAAGCAAUUACACGGCGCUGCAGCUGGGUCCCGCAGCUGGCGGCUACCUGCUGGCCACGGUGCUGACCGGUAAGCUGUACGACCGCGUCGCUCGCCGUCACGGUGACAAGCUGUACUGCGUGGGCGCCGACUGCUACUUCGACACCUGGUGUGUCCUGGGCGGCCUCAACUUGUUGGCACUGCUGGGUACCCGGGAGCUGUACGCACAGAGCGUCAAGAGGUACCGCAGGCUGGUGCGGGCAGGGGCGGUGUGA